AUGCCGCUUCCAGGACCGACGAAGGCGUGGGUGUCUCUGCUGCUCUCCGCCGUCGAGCUGUCAGGGGUCACAGAAUCCUUACCCUCACCCUCUUCGCCCAAGGGCACGCUGGCGCUUCUCGACAUUAGACAUUUCCGGACCUGGUCGACAAUCACGCUUGCCAAGUUCGGUGUGAUGGUUUCGUCUUGA